CUUCCUGUUGGCGAAGUCUCGCGAGAGCUCGGCGUUCACAUGGGCCGGCGGAAGCCGCGUCUGCUCCUUUUUCCGGGCGGCCAUAGCGGAGCCUGCAACGGGUCAAAAUGAAGUUCAAUCCUUUUGUGACUUCGGAUCGCAGCAAGAACCGCAAGCGGCACUUCAACGCACCUUCUCACAUUCGCAGGAAGAUAAUGUCUUCUCCCCUUUCCAAGGAACUGCGGCAAAAAUACAAUGUCCGCUCUAUGCCCAUCCGAAAGGAUGAUGAAGUCCAGGUUGUCCGGGGACAUUACAAAGGUCAGCAGAUUGGAAAAGUAGUCCAGGUAUACAGAAAAAAGUACGUCAUCUACAUAGAACGUGUACAGCGUGAGAAGGCCAAUGGCACAACUGUCCAUGUGGGAAUCCACCCUAGCAAGGUGGUGAUCACAAGGCUAAAACUGGACAAAGAUCGCAAGAAGAUCUUGGAACGUAAAGCGAAAUCUCGCCAGGUUGGCAAGGAGAAAGGCAAAUAUAAGGAAGAAACCAUUGAAAAGAUGCAGGAAUAAAAGUCUCCUGUGUGACACCAUUAAAAGAAACUGCUAAAACAAAA